AUGAAUAGCAAACACAAGGAAAUUCUUCACACUCAUCGGAAGUUUCUCAUUACGAAUAUUAUAUGGACAGAGGAUUUAUGUAAACGAUUGCAGGACGCAUCUCUCCUACCGGACUCAACGGUGAAGGAUAUCAAGGCCCAAAAAGACAGAGAUGCUAAAAUAUCAAAGUUAUUGGAAGUACUUCCUGUGCGGGGUGCGCAUGCGUACGAACAUUUUUGUGAUGUUUUACAACUUACGGGUCAUUAUUUCCUGUCCGACUUCCUUCGCGAAGAAGAUAUUGUUAGUGAGAAAUAUGACGCAAAGGAGUUAUAUAAAAAGAUGAAGUUCCUGGAAAGAUUGAAGGAACACGAAAAGCAAGAACUGGAGGAUUAUUUCUUGGAAAAGUUCCGAGGAGAUUCUUUACGGAUGGUUUGGAAGCAUGAUUUCCGAGAAAAAGCCAAAGCGAUAGACGCCAAACGCGAUCAACUGGAACAGCAUUUCACGUACGAAAUUGCACAAAAGAAAACAAAAGAAACCGCCAAUCAACUGGAGCACGAGUUAAAAGACGAGAAAGAAAAUGCUGCAGUGCUGAGGUCCCAAAUCAACAUCAUGAAACAAGAACUCAAGGAUUUGGAGGCAAAAAGGAUGAGUGAUUUAGGAAAACAGUUAAGGUAUACCGAGGUAAAUGAGUCAGUUUUACAACGAACGAGCAAACGACUAGAGUUGGCGGAGAAAACCCUUAGGGGAGUAAAUGAUAAAAUAUCCAAACUAAUAACGAGACGACAACGUCCCCAAAAUGAAAAGGACGAAAUGGAAUUGCAGAAGUACGAGUUUUCCUUCGUAGUUGAAGAUAUGGAUAUUGUGAUGGAGUCUUAUCAGGAUUUGUUACUGAUUCGUAGAAAGUACAACGAACUUUUAGAGGAAAAAGAUUACGUUUUAGCGCAUAUGGGACAUACAGAUCCCGCAACAAAUCCUACAUUAAAGGACGCAUAUCGAGAUUUCGUCGCAGCGAAUGACUCCACAAUGCAAGAACUGGAAAACAAAAUGCUGAACUUUCAACGGCUUGUAGAGGAACAGAAAGAAAAGAUUCUAGAUAUGAAUAAAGAAAAGGUUGAGUCAAACAACAAAUUUCAGCUAGGCGCAAAUGUUUGGCAAGCAGCCAUUAUGAAUGUCAUGAGAAAUCAACUACAGGAUGUAAAGAAGGAAUCUAGAGUGAAGGAUACUAGACUCAAGAUGUACGAAAAUGAAAUGUCUAAGAUGAGAGGAAAGAUCAGCGAUCUGGAAAAGGAGAGAGAACUGAAGAUGAAAACCAUGUCACUGUCUGGGGAACCAAAGACAAGAUUGUCAGUCGAGUUCAAUGGAGGUAAUUCGAGGUCUCCACGGUCAACGAGUUCCAUAUCAAGCACUGCGGGUAUAGACGAUCUGGAAUUAGCUGAGGAUAGGCGUAGACAUGUUACAUCGUCUUUGGAUCACAAUGGGAAACCGCAUAAAGAAUCCAUGCUACCACCCUUGAAACCGCAGAUUUUCAAUUCAGCAGAUGCAGGUGCUUCACGUAGCUAUACACCUAGAAAAAACAGCUUUAGACCGAAACCAUUAGGGGCAUGGAACAAGGGAAAUAAUGAUAUCGGCAUGGCACCCCUACCCGACGGUCUGACAACGGCACCUGUCAAGUUUGGAAAUAGAAAAAAUCAAUACGCACAAUUGCCAAUGGGAUUCGGCGAUCUCAAAAGUAUGUCUAACCAAGGAAAAUCCAAGUUCGAAAAAUCUUUAGGACCAUCAACGAAAAUUAGGUUUUAG